AUGUGGCGGUCCUAUCUCUCUCUCGUCAGUGUCGUCAUACCAGCUUUACUCGCGCUGAGAGUAUAUCUUCUCAUCCGAUAUAGAGACCAGAAGCCUAAACGUCAAGCAGGAGAGACAUGUUCUCUAGGGGUUUUCUUAGGUUCCGGGGGUCACACGGCGGAGAUGGUAGCAUUGUUAAGUACUAUAGAUCUUGAGAGAUAUACUCCAAGGGUGUAUGUGUAUUGUUGGGGGGAUGAAAUGUCCUUGAGGGCGAUUUCGACGAUUGAGUCUUCUAGAUAUUCCACUGAGAACUCAACUCAACCAUCUUAUUCUCGUAUCGCCUUUCCCCGAGCGAGAAAAGUAGGACAAUCAUGGUUCUCAACCAUUCUCACGACCAUCCGGACUCUAUUCCAUGUCAUUUGGUACACCUUUCUAGUCCCUCUUACUCAACCUCGAAAACCUUGGGUGGACGUUUUAUUAGUGAACGGACCUGGGACUUGUGUCGUUCUGGUCCUGGUUUGUUGGAUCAGACGGAUCUUAGGUCUCUCAUACACCCGAAUCAUCUACGUCGAGUCUUUCGCAAGAGUGCGUUCCCUCUCCCUAUCUGGGAAACUAUUGCGUCCUUUCGUAGAUACUUUCGUCGUUCAGUGGCCUUCCGCUGGUGGGAAAGGAACGACUUACAGGGGUUGGUUAGUUUGA